AUGUUAGACGUUUUUCGUGGUUUAAAAAAUCUCAUAAAGGUGAACUAUGUGCACAUUGAUUCGCCUGUAUUUCGGUUGCACUACUCUAUAACUGUUAUUCUUUUAAUAUCGUUCAGUCUCAUCGUGACCACGAGACAGUACGUAGGAAACCCUAUAGACUGUAUUCACACAAAGGACAUACCUGAGGACGUCCUCAACACUUACUGCUGGAUUCAUUCAACUUACACGUUGAAAAGCUUCUUUAACAAGAAAGUGGGUGUAGAAGUGCCGUACCCUGGGAUCGGGAACAGCCGUGAGAAGGGGAAAGAAGAUAUGAGCGACAGGAAAAUCUACAAGUACUACCAAUGGGUGUGCUUUUGCCUAUUUUUUCAGGCGAUGUUAUUUUACGCGCCGCGUUGGUUGUGGAAGUCGUGGGAGGGGGGCAAGAUACGGGCGUUGAUGAUGGACCUCGACGUGGGCGUUUGUACGGAGAUAGAGAAGAAGACGAAAAAGAAACUGAUCCUGGACUACCUGUGGGAGAACCUGAGGUACCACAACUGGUGGGCCUACAGGUACUAUCUGUGCGAGAGUCUCGCUCUUGUCAAUGUAAUAGGGCAAAUGUUCCUCAUGAACCGCUUCUUCGACGGCGAGUUCAUGACCUUCGGCCUGAAGGUAAUCGCGUACAUGGAGUCAGAUCAAGAAGACCGUGUCGAUCCUAUGAUUUAUAUAUUUCCAAGGAUGGUGAAAUGCACGCUGUUCAACAAAUUUGGGUCGUCAGGCGAAGUGGAGCGGCACGACGCUCUCUGCAUAUUGCCGCUCAACGUCGUCAACGAGAAAAUCUACGUCUUCCUGUGGUUCUGGUUCGUCAUCCUGGGUAUCCUCACGUUCAUCACCCUAAUCUACCGCCUCGUCAUCAUCUUUUCACCGCGGAUGCGUGUGUACAUGAUGCGAAUGCGAUUCCGGCUAGUGAGGCGAGACAAUGUCGACACAAUUGUAAGGAGAAGCAAAAUGGGCGACUGGUACCUGUUAUACAUCCUAGGAGAGAAUCUCGACUCAGUUAUAUUCAGGGACAUAAUGCACGAGUUUGCCAACAAGCUGAACCACAACUACCAGCAUCACAUUCACGGCGUUCCGGACGCGUGA